UGCAGCAGUCCAGUUUCUAUGGUUACAUGGGGAUGCUGCCCAAACGAUACACCCAGGGGGUGAUGACUGGAGAGAGUACAGCAGGUGUCAUCAUCUCUCUUUCUCGAAUCUUCACCAAGCUGCUGAUCUCUGACGAGAGGAGAAACACGCUCAUCUUCUUCCUCAUCUCCAUCAGUAUGGAGAUGCUCUGCUUCAUGCUCCAUCUGCUGGUUCGCCGUUCACAAUUUGUCAGCUACUAUACCAACCACACCCAAGGAAAAGGUCAUGACCCACUGGACAAUGGGACGGGAUACAGGGUUCACCACGAUGUCACCGCAGAGGAAGUUAGAUUUGGAAACGGGGGUACAGGCCCAAUCCCCACAGAGGAAGGCGUCGAGGACAUCGCAGGUGGGACGUACAUUCGCUUUGAUGCCCCAAAAGCCCAGAUAAGGAAGAGCUGGCCCGGUGUCCGCGAUAUGAUCCUACAUCGCUACGUGGUGUCACGUGUGAUCUGGGCCUACAUGUUGUCCAUAGCGGUGACCUAUAGCAUCACUCUGUGCCUGUUCCCCGGCCUUGAGUCAGAGAUACGAAACCUCACGUUAGGGGAGUGGCUCCCCAUCCUCAUCAUGGCCACAUUCAACAUGUCUGACUUUGUUGGAAAGAUCCUGGCAGCGCUGCCAUACGAUUGGUCUGGAGGUCGCCUGCUCUUCUUCUCUUGCCUGCGGGUCGUCUUCAUCCCUCUGUUCGUCAUGUGUGUUUACCCGGUCAGCUCUCCCACCCUGUCCCACCCCGCCUGGCCCUGUCUCUUCUCCCUCCUUAUGGGAGUCACCAACGGGUACUUUGGAUCUGUUCCUAUGAUCCAGGCUGCUGGAAAAGUGCCGCCCGAACAGAGGGAGCUGGCAGGAAACACUAUGACAGUCUCCUACAUGACUGGCCUGAUGGUGGGCUCUGCUGUGGCAUACGUAGCUUACAGCUUCAUCGCUCCAGGAUCAGAAACACACUUACACACACUUGACCUUCAUUCACCUGCCAACACUAGUGGGUAUUGAAUGGUGCAGACUGACAGACUCCAAUCAAGCUGCAGAGGAUGAGAAACUUUGGAUGUUAUCAGAUUUUAUCAUCCUCCUGCUGGUGAUGAACUUUUCUGUGAGGUGUAGAACAGCAGCUCAUCUGGCCAACCACACUUCAGAGAGUGUAAAAUGGCGUCUGCAUGCAUGGAAGCACUUGGGCUGCCGUUUGUGUAAGGUCAAAGACGUUUUUGCAAAAGGAAAUGAAUUUAUAAUCAGUCUCAGAUGGGUGAUGUUGGUUACAGAUUACAUCUUUUUCUGUCAUUAUAAUCUCCUGUGAUGAAACUGGUUAUAUCCUAAAGUGAUUACAGAAGUAUUUCAAAGGGAAUCUUAUUGAACUGACAUCAUAAAGAAGGUUAUUUAAAAGAAUAAUAGUAAUAAUUAAACCUUUGCUUAUGGAUACCUUUUCAAAAUCCAACAUUCAAAGUCCUUCAGGCAGCAAAAUGCAAAAGUCAGGUCUUAAAACUAACUAACUAAAACUAUGACUUUCAAAAAUACAUAUUACACUUAUAUACAAUGUUAUAAAAUAACAUUAGUCAAAGACGUGAAAUACAGAUGAAAGAAUAUAAAUCAAUAACUGUUAGGGUUAACCAUUUGAGGAGAGUUUCUCCAAUAACUGUUUAAGAGAUCAAAGAUUGGAUAUUCGGACUGAACUAAACAAAUAUAAAAUGUAAAAGCCUGAGCCACGAUGAUUGUCUGCCAACUGAUCCACAAGCUAACAUAGAAGUGUUCACCCAAAGACGGGAGAGUUUUGACUUGUAUUCUUCUUCGAGGUCGAUAAGUCAAAACCCCCAAAAAGUUUAGAGAAACCCAACAGCAAAGUGUGUUGUUACAUGUCAUUCCUCACUAGUGAAACUAAAGGUCAGAUAAAUAGGAAGAAAAAAAAAUUGAGUAUUUUUUCCAUGGUUUAAUAAAACAAUUGAUAACUAGCUCAGUACUGAUGAAUCACAGCUAACACAAACAUUCAAUAACUUCCUGAUAUCGCUGCUAGCUAGAUAACAUCAAAUGUUGUGAUAAUGUUAGGGGUUGUUGAAUGCUGAUGUUAGCUGUAUUAGCUCAUAACAGUAAAGAGGUGUUUUCAUGUCACUGUGCCUUAAAGACAGAGUUCAUUUUUUUAUUUCAGGAAAGACUAUUUUUUAUCCAACAUACUGUCUUUACAUCUUGAUUUGUAAUUGAUGUGCUUCGUAAAAGUUAUUCCUUCUCUAUCAUAAGAUCUUCUCUUUUUCUCUCCGUUCUGUUCAUCCCGCCUGAAUUGGGAAACAUUAAAUUCAUAUUUUUAUUUCCAUGUCAGGUCAUUUACAUGACUCCUCCCACAUGGAAAACAUUUAAUUUAUUUUUAAUCAUGCAAGAAAUUAACAUUAAAUCUGAAAAAAAUACAAAUAAAAAUAAAAAAAGGGAAAAAAAUCUUUCGAAAAUACAAUUUUUGUGCAUAUAGAGCUGCUUCUCUGUUUUAUGAACUGAUAUUGUUGGUUCAAAGAAGCUGGUUUCUUUCCUCAUUCAUUUUCACAUCACUUCUUGUCUGCAAAAGAACAAUAUGUUGAAUUUACGAGAUGAGGAAGUUGGAUAAUUAUCUAGUACUGUAUUAUUUAAAAAAAUGUUUUGUCCUGUCUUUGUCCCUGUGAACGGCGUGUUUGUGUAACAUUAUGGUAAUACAUUGUAAUUUAUGUGGAAACAAAAAAAGCCAAAGUGCAAGUUUCAUGGAAAAAGAAUGUAAUGAAGAAAGCAAAUAAAAGUUUCAAAUCU